AUGCUCCAUGAGAUCGCGACCGUUCUGGGGCAUGCCGUCACCAGUCUACAGCACUGGCUCCACGCAGCUGCCGGCACUGCGCAAAGUUUCGGGAAUGCUGGCGGAGGCCAUGACCAAGUGUGGACCUUCGCGUACGGAGCCAACAUGGGCCUGGCCAAGAUGCAUCUUCUUGGCAUCCAUCCCUUCAAGAGCCUGGUGGGCUUGCUGCCGCAUCAUGAGCUGAUAUUUGACAGGUCAUUGGCAGACGGCAUGAACGAGCCUGCUUUUGCGAAUAUCCGUCACAUUGCAGAUCCCACCGAUCCUGCGGCCGUGUCUCCAGUUCACGGUGUCGUCCAUGCUAUCAGCCAAAGGGAGCUGACCGCACUCGACUCCUCAGAAGCGCCUCUGUACCAUCGGGUGCAGAUGCCUGUUCAAGUCAGCACGCCGCACGGGCCGCACGAGGUGAAAGCAUGGACCUAUGUGGGCGAUGGCAACACUGGCUCUGCAGAGGACAUCCUCACGUUCAUUCAGACGAAGGACGUCCAUGUCUUUGUCAAACAAGGUGCACAGAAGGCGGGCAUGUCGAAUCUUCUCUACUUGACGGUAGCUGCGGAUCUGACUGUGCUGGUGUCGGUCGAUGACUCCCACAGCGUUGAGCGCAUCGAGCUUGCAGUGGGCUCGGUACCUGCACAAGCGCGAAAUAUGGACGAGCUGAGACCGUCUUUGACUGAUGCAGGGCUCCAGCUGAUCCGAGCAAUUUACCGUCUCGCGGGAUCGAGUCGGCACAGCGACAGAGUCGUUCAAGAACGCCUACAGCGUCUCCUCCGCAGCUGGCGCCGCACUCGCCCAUGUGCGGCAAUUCUUCAACAUGCUCAGAACCAGAAUGCACCGCGGCUUUUUGUGGACCACGUCGGCUGUAAUUUGGCAGAUGUUUCGUGGGAAUUGCUUGGCAGGGCGGAGGCCAGCGCAGCCUUUUUUGAAGUCGCAUUAUUUGGCUACGGAAAUCGUAAACCACGCAAGACCCGCACUGCGGUCGAAACUGACGGAGAUCCGUUACAGCGGCUUGGAACCUUUGCUGCUCCCGGUGGUGGAAGCGCGAGGUCCUUCCAGUUUCUACGGCUGGAACCUCUGCGCUGGCAUCGGGCCAGAGUUCGGGCUGUAGGGCUUCACAAAAGCUGGGUUUCGGAUUGGAGCAACGAAGUAUCUUUUCGCACUCUAAGUCUUCAAGAUGCACAGGAUGCCGGUCUUCAUGUCGCAUCCGAAGGCUUUCUGGUCAAGUCAGAGCGAUUAAUCCAGAAGUGUGUGACUGACCAGAAUGUCACCUUGCCAAGUAGAGAAGAGCGCGUGGUGCGGCGAGUGCGCCAGUUGUUAGGAGCAUCUCAGUCGUAUGAGGCUGCCACGACGAAAUUGCUGCAUGCACGCUACAGCCAGGGCGGAUGGCCUGAUUUCGUGAAGCAAGGGGCAAAGUUCUCCCGCCCGGCGGCCUUGCGUGACGAGCGCAUGAAGCGAAUGCAACUCGCCAUUGCUGCAGAAGAGCUCUACGGACCGGUUUAUCCACGCGGCAACGAGUGGUGCCAGGGCCCUUUUUAUUACGAGUCGGGAGGGGUCGUCACUGCUGAAGAGGACUUCGACAUGAGCGCUGUGCGCGUGAGAGCCGCGGAGACCUCCACAGGAGCUCCGAGCACUCGCUAUGCGAAGUUGGUGGUUUGCGGUGCCAAGGAGAGGGGCCUCCCCGAAUGGUACCAGGACCGACUUCUGAGGAGCUUGGACAACUGGGGAGUGCCGAGAAUGACCUGCGAAGGCCAGCAGCCCCACGCGGCCUUGCAACAUGCAGCCGAAUCAACGCUGCCGCUAGUAGAGUCGAGCAGCGUUGCUACGGCAAUCGCUUUUCUUUUUUGUGAGCCUGGUUUGCAGGGCGCUUAG